AUGCCUUCGCCGUUUGAGCGUUCCUGGCAGCUACCAGGACCUGGGAAUAGCUUUGUAUUCGACGCAACUGCGUCUUCCCAGGUCACCAGCGACAGGAGCAUGGCGCCGCCGGGGCCUGGUUCAUCCCAGGUCCUUGGCGAGAUGGAAAUGGGGCCUCCGAUAUUCAAACUAUCGCAUGCUUCUAGUGAUCUAUGCUCUUCUGGUCAGGGUGAGGCUAAAGGUUUCGUGUUGUCGCGAGCUCAGAACCUUGAUGCAUAUCCUGAUGACCAGCUCGGGAUUACUGGCGAACCGCCACGGCCUGCGAAUACUAGCGAAUCGCCACGACCUGUGAACGCGUUUCCAAUUACACAAAGGCGCACAAGUCCGAUUCCGGGGCUACAGACUCCCGCCUCAAACACUGGAAUGCGAUCAUACUCUUGCGCCCCCGUGCUGAACUAUCAGCAAACCUCCGCGAGCGACUCGGCAUUUUCCCCACCAUGGCCGUGCAUCAUGCGAUCGAUCGAGCAGGAUGAAGCGUCUCCUCAGUCCUCUGUUGCUGGCGACGUGCUGCAUGAGAGCUUCGGUUUGCCUGUUAGAGCUCAUCCUGUCUGUCGCCAGUCUGUUAUUGGUCGUGGUACCGAAGUUGGCAAAGAUGACAUGGCGAAUACAGCGACUCAGGCGUGUUUGCGCAAUACAGCGUCACAGCGUUCAGAAGAAUACGAAGCCCCAAGGCGGCUGUCAGCGGUUUCAGGCGGAGUUGCGAACUCAUUCACAGCGGAUUCAUGCGAGGUCACUCAGCGCCAAGAUACCCAAGUCAAGUUUAGGUGCAUGCGAUGCCAAAUAGCCUUUCUCGAAGAGAAGCUGGGAACACUGCGAGAUCAAGUAGCGGACAGCGAGAGCGAACUACGCUUGCUCUUAGGAGCCGUAGGACUUAGUGAUACGUAA